AUGGCAGAGCACACAGAGAGGAACCGUCAGUACUUUGACAAGCUGGCCAAGUCCUACACCAGCGACUUCAAAAGUAUCCUGGAAUCCAUUUGCAGACUGGUGGACAGUCACCGUCCAUGGAUCAGUGAUGCAUGGAUCGACACUGAAGCUGGAAAGGGGAAAGAGAUCAAGAUGUUAGAGUAUGCAUGUGGGACUGGGCCUGUUUCUUUGACGUUGGCACCUUAUGUCUCGAAGAUCGUUGGACUCGACGUUUCGGAUAAUAUGAUUAGCGAGUACAACAACAAUGCCAAAGAAGCGGGCUAUGAAGACAAGAUGGUCGCACUCAAGGGUGACCUUUUGGCUGAGUCUGCUCCGGCAGAGCUCUCAGGGCCCGAGUACUUUGACUUUGAUCUCGUGGUUGUCAGCAUGGCCCUUCACCACUUCGAGAGGCCAGAGUUAGCCAUGGCCCGCUUUGGAGAGCGUCUGGAGAAAGGUGGUGUGUGCGUUAUUGUCGACAUUGUGCCAGACGAUCACCACCAUGGCCAUUGUCACAAUGUUGAGCAUGGCUUUGGCGAUGCUGCGCAUACGGUCAAAAGCCAUGGAUUUACCAUGGAUCAAAUGAAGCAGCUGUACGAAGAAGCUGGACUUGGAACGGGCUUCAAAUAUGAUAUUUCGAAGGAGCAGGUUGUAUUCCGCAAGGAUGGGAAAGAGCAUCUGAAGACCAUAUUCAUUGCUCGUGGGCAGCGUGCGUGA